AUGGCCGUCACAUAUCAGUCAGAUGAACUGAUGGCAUUCAACUUGCAACCACCACCUCCAGCACAGGUGCUGGAAAACACCGAAACGCUCGGCACUCGCUUCUUCUCGGUAGAUCACCUCAACAUGAUCCUCCGAGACUCUGCAAUGACUUCUCGCUUUUCAAGUUUCGUGGGUCGAUAUCAACCUCACCAUAUCGACGCAUUAGCCCAGUACACCGAAAUGCGCAAGGUCAUUGCUGCAGUCCAGUACGCCAACGCCGUGGCAGAGCGAUUAUCUCCUACCACUGACGAAGCCUCCAAUGUUGCAGUGCUCGAACAUCGGUUUGAUGAGCGCCAGAAGCAGAUCGUGAAGGGACUAGUCCGAGAAGCUCUCCCAGGGUUCUUGACGCAAUGCCUCGUAUCGCUUGUGACGGAGAGCCUAGUCAAACAGAUUACUGGAUAUAUUGCGCCGGUCAUGCAAGCCAUGGUCCCUUCUCUGGCAGAGGUAUAUUGUCUGACUGAUCCUUCGCUUCCGGACAAUCCGAUUGUAUAUGCAUCGGACGAGUUCUUCAACGUUACACAGUACGGGCGCGACUAUGUCAUAGGGCGCAAUUGUCGCUUUCUCUCUGGACCACGAACAUCCAAGCGCGCGGUCGAGCGCAUGCGGCAAGCCUUGAAACAAGGCCAAGAAGUUUGCGAAACUCUCGUGAACUAUCGAAGAGAUGGAUCGCCAUUCAUGAAUCUGCUGAUGAUCGCACCGCUAUACGAUAACAAAGGAUUGAUCAGAUAUUUCAUAGGCUGUCAGAUCGACGUCUCUCCUUUGAUAGAGGGUGGUCGCGGAUUACAGUCUUUCUCGCAGCUCUUAGCACAAGAUCGAGCUCAGACUAGAUUUGGAAAGCGAUUUCGAAACCCAAAGCAGACCUUGGGCGAGUUGACCGAUUUGUUCUCAGAGGAAGAUGCCGACGUGAUCAAAGGUCAUAUGUCGAAAUCCUCAAUCUCCCAGACAGUCUCACCGAUGGACUCGGAGCGCCUCAGGAGGCCGAACAGCCGCGCUAGAAUACUGGUAGGCGUUGGUAAAGAGCCUGUCAAUGAUCAUUCACUGUGGCCGAUGUCAGACUUGGGACCAUCUGGGCGUUUGCCAGGCGUAUACCAAAACUAUCUCCUAGUUCGGCCCUAUCCGUCCUUGCGCAUAACCUUCACCUCACCUGCUCUGCGAAUCCCAGGCCUCUUGCAAACGAAAUUUCUCGACCGCAUCGUUGGGCCGGACUCGGUUGCAGAGACCGUCCUCGAUGCCCUCAUGCAUGGUGUGGCCAUCACGGCCAAGGUCGACUGGCUAGCCGGCAGCAGUGUGAACUCUCCUGCCAAGCCCCGCUAUAUCCACUGCACGCCAUUGAUCGGAAGUGACGAACAGGUCGGCGUCUGGAUGGUAGUCAUGGUUGAGAACGAACAAAUCACAGGCCAAUUGAACAAGAGCCACAUGCGCACCCAGACUAUCCUCUCGAACGCUUCGUCCACCCGCGAUGCCUUGACCUCGCUGAAAGUGGAUCUGGGAUUAUCUAGGCCAAACUACAGCAGCAGACUGUAUGCGGAUUAUCUCCGCGAGGAGGCAAGACCGGAGGCUGAGCAGUCAUCGCGCUCGAAUUCACCCCAAGGUCAACGACGCGAAGGGUCCGUUGGUGGAGAUCCCUUUUUCAAUUUCUGA